AUGAGCUCCAUGCGCCGCAUCAGCGACGCGCUGCUGCUGGCCCAAAACCGCGCGCGCCGCGCCACCGACCGCGCAAAUCAGGCCGAACACGUGCUGCGGCUCGUGCUGGCCCAGGUCGACGUCCCCAGGCUGCGCGUGGACUCGCUGGCCGACUACGAGAUGCUGCGCGCCGCCGUGGCCGCCAACCACCCGCUGCUCACGAGCAGCCCUCGACGACGAAGCGGCUCGUUCAACGACGCCCCCGAGCUCAGCGGCUCGGAGGACGCUGCGUCGGUGACCUCCUCCGUGUCCUCUUCGACGUCUACUUGCUUGGAAGACGUGGCCAAGGACGUGGUGACCAACUUGAACGCCGCCAUGACGCGCCACAAGCGCUACGUGGAGCAGCUGACGCUGCCCACAGUCCACUUUUCUCUCUGGAGCCGCAAGGACGGACGCCUGUUUGGGCCGGUACAGUUCGUGGCUAGUCUUCUAGCUGGAGUUGUGGUAGGCGUUGUCGCUACUAAGCACUGGCAGCUGCAGCAGCUCGUGCACACACAGGAAGAGGCGCCGUCACUCUUCACUAAGCUGGCAAGAUGGUACAGUCGACGAGCUCCCGCAGCAGGCACGCCGUGGCAUCUCAUGCCGCUGCCGACGGACGAGUACAGCUACCUCAUGCAUCCGGCUACGGUUGAGGUCGCCUGA